AUGCCAGUGUACCUAUUAUCAGGAAUGAACCCUUCAAAAGGUGUGAUCAGAAAAAUGCAUAGUAUAUUCUCAAGGUUUUUCUGGCCAAACACUGGUGACAAGAAAGAUGUACAUUGGGUUAAAUGGGAGACACUGUCAUUGCCUAAGGAUGAAGGAGGAUUGGGGUUCAGAUCAUUAUUUGAACUUUCAAAUGCCCUUUUUUGUAAACUAUGGUGGAAUCUCAUAACAAAGCCUUCAUUGUGGAGUUCUUUCAUGAUAAACAAAUACUGUAAAAAGCUUCAUCCUAUGAUUGCACAAGCUAAAAGGGCAUCUCCUAUCUGGAGAAAAUUGACCUUCCCAUCCAACUUGCCUUCUAUGAUUCAGUACUCAAAAGAGAUCAGGCCUACAAUGAGGUAUCAGUUCAUCUAUUGGGAUCCACCCCCUGAUGAAGGAAAGGAUAUUCAUGAGACAACUAACAUAGAAGCUGAAGCUGUGGCGAUCAAAGAAGCUAUCUAUCGCUGUGUGGCAAAUAACAUUCAAUAUGUACUGAUUGUGAUAGACUCCAUGGUGAUGAAGAAUAUCAUAGAAAAUACCUAG